AUCAAAAUGGCUGACUUGAACAACACUUGGUGACGGAUCUUAGAAGCUAAUAGCAACAUGGUUGGAGGAUCAGGUACUUUGUUAAACUUGUCCAUUUGAAGUGCUCAAAAUACCCGGCCACUUAUUUGAAUUUCUUUCAAUAACAAAAGCGCCUUUUGUGUUUCUUCUUGUUCUUUAACGUUCCGACGUGACAAAUGUCUGGGUAAUAUAAGCUAAAUUUACCAAUCUAGCAGUCUAGCGGCUGCGCAUGUCUAGCAACCAGUUGCAAAAAUACUUGAGACACUGUACCUUAUUAUAAUUAUUAUGGCUUGACCGGCCUGCUUAUGACCCUGUGCUUGUGAUCACCCCACCUCCCCUAGUUGCUAGCAACACAAGAACAUGCUCAAAACUUGAAGGUACAACCUUGAAUUGAGGGGAGGAGAGUGAUGAGUAUUAUAUCUCUUGGAUGUGUGACUAGCAGCAAUUUGAAGUAAGAAAGGUCGGGUUUUUGUUAACCUGUGCGGCAGGCGUUUGAAAGGGAAGGGAAAGGGAGUUUUGGGCGCGAUAGAAAUGCUAAGGGGUGCGCAAGGAGGAAGGGAAGGAAAUGCCUGAUAGGAGACCAUUGUAUUUCUCUUUUUUAGCAUCCACCAGGCGGAUGUUAAGAUCCUGAUUGGUCAGUCUUCAAAACAUGUCAAUCACAGCCUCAAUACCUAAUAAUCCGAUUGGUUGAAAGUAACAUCACGCUACUGAGUAACUUUAUCAAUCUUUCAGUAAUCAUUAAAAAUAUGUUGUUAGUGAAGUGUGAUUCGAUUCCUGUAUGGAAUUCAUCGUUAGAAUUAGAAACUGAAGGUAUCAAUUUCAGCUUGUAAGGAGAAUAGAAGAAGACAGUUAAAAGAACCGUAUAAAGGAAAAGACCUGUCAGCUAGAUGAGUUUUACUUACUGGUUUUUGACAAGUCUCAUCUCUCAAUGGCUUGUUUUACUCACCAGAAGAAAGAAAGGAAAUAUCAUGCUGCCUGGCCUGUGUGUUUGUUAUCUGCUGUUUGACCUCAAAUGCCUACCACGUAGGCUAUGCUUCAUCAACGAACAGAUUGCUAAAUACGAUUUUUGGUUUGAAGACUUCUUCUUGCUGGUUAUAGACAUUAUAAAUCCUCCAGGAACUUACUUGUAAUUAAUAAUUGAUUGUAGCCUUCUUGUAGAUCUUCAAAGUUCAGGUCUUCUUUCCCCACUACCAGCAUUCUUUCUUUUCUAUGCUCUGCAGGAUCCAAUUCGAGAGCCAGCAAAGUGUUUUUAAUUUUUGUUUAGACAAAUGUUGCAUGCAAGUUGCUAAGACCAGCAUGUUUCCUUCAGCAAAUGACGUAAUAGUUUUGUGCUGGAUUUUAUAUAACAAGCCACGUAUCGUUGCAACUUUUUUCUUUCAAUGGACGACCACAUUUGAACUUUUUUAAAUAUAGUAUGUACCUUCACUUCAGAUCUCUUGUUUUAGGAAAACAAAAGCUAAAAAUAAGUGCAUUAUUUGAGAGCUAGUCAUUCACAGUUGCUUUAUUUUUGCAUACAUUUUUAGUAGGUGGGAUGGCGAAAACAAUGGUUUCCUGGUAGACAUUUCCUUCCCUCCCUCCUUGUGCGCCCCAGGCCUCACGUUUCUCUUGCGGCUAAAACUCUUUUUCCCCUCCAUUUCCAACGCCUGCCACACAGGCUAGUUUUUUCAACAUUUCUGCAACUGGUUGUAAGCUAGUCUAUUGAUGUUUCAUCAAUUUCCAGUUAGUGGAAGGCCAUUCAAACCUGACCCAACGUCGUAUGAGGAAACAGGAAUUCCUUGGUAGGUUACUACUUACAUAUACAGGAAGCACAGAGUUAGGUUGGGAGUGGGGUACACCAACUGUAAGUGGGGUGAGGAAGGGGGUGGAGUGGAUUGUAAUGUAAAGUAAAUUAAGCCACCUGAGCUCACCUGAGCUUGACUCAGUUUUUGUAACCUAAACCACCUUGGAUGGGGUGCUCUGCCAGUCCAUUGCAGGGUUACCCCAUCAACAGUUAAGUCGCUGGUACCUACAUGUACAUUGGAGUAAAGAAAGACAAAGUGGAGUAAAGUUUGUUGUCAAAGGAAACAACUGGAUACAAGGCUGUGCUCAAAGGAAAAUUGAAGGGAGCCCAGUGUUCUGAAUCUGUGAAAUCUAUGGUGCUUAGCAUAUGAUUUUCUUGAAAAAGUAUGAUAUUUAAGUCACCCAGUUUCAAUUUAGGCGCCAGGGGCCACCUGACUCUGCUGGAGCACAGCCCUUAGACAGUAGUGCUUGAACAUAGACCUACAUACAUAUUUAAAGUUCUGGCCCUAAUUGUCAAAAAGGUGGAUACAACUAUCUAGGGGAUUAUUCUCUCUGCACAUGAUUCACAUAUUUGUAGUACCCUUAUCUUCUUAGUAAAACCACAGAGGCCAUACACCUGUACCUCAAUUUAAAUUGAUUAAUCUGACUCUGUUUCUUGCAGUGGGAAUCCAGCUAGGUAUCAAAGUCAUGGAGUGAUUCGCAUGAACAGAGGGGACACCAGGCCAUUUGAGGAUCAGCGGCUUGGUGUCCCAGGGAUUGGGACUGAGUCUGAGGCUGAUCAACAUUUAAAAGACAUGGUGAAGAAUCAGUUGGAUACAAAUGUCAGUCUGCAAAGGUUAAUAAUACAAAUGUAACAUUAUUGUCAUUGGUUUUGUUGACACUGAUAAUAGGGCUAUUGAUAUGGAGAGGAAUGUCACGUGUCUUGCAAACGACACAUCUUAAAAAACAGCAGUCGUAGACUUGACUUGAACUGUACUGUUUUUUGUGAACUACACAUACAGGCACACGUUAGCUUAGUUCUGUCUUAUUUAAGUUAAGAAGGCAAUUUUGGGCCUUUUGUCUGUGUCUUAAUUUAGAUGCAGGGGCGGGGGAGGGGUCUUUUGUCCUACAGUGUUUUUCCUUGCAUAAAUGGCUCUGACGUACUUGAUAGGUCAAGAAUAAGCAGGUGGCUUACAUACAGUACAGAUUAACGUUUUUGCUAUGGGUAUUGUCUGGUGACUAGAUAAAAAUUUUUGGUCUUCAGAUAGAAAAAAAGAAGUCGCCAAAAAUUUGUUUUCCAUUAAGGUUGAUUUCCACUGACACAUUUUUGGCUACGCAUGUUAACGCAUGUAAAUUUUAAUCAUAUAAAUAAAAUAGAGGCAAGAUAAAAAGUGCUGAGCUUAAACGAGAAGUUGAGCGAAGUUCAACUUUUACACUUACAAGCGAUCCUUCAUGCAUUGCCUCUAUUUUAUUUGCAAACAUAAAUUUUACGCAUGUACGCACAUAAAAAUUAGGUGACACUGGAAAUCAAACCUAACACUAAAAAAAGAAAAAGAAAAUAGACGUUUUGGACAUUAUGUUGAUUUCGUUAACCGUUAUCCUUAGUACAAAGAAGCUACAAUGUUGGCGGGGUGGCACAUAAGUCGAGUUUCAACAAAAACCAAUAUCCUCCGAUCCUUGGACAGCUGUUCAAAAUACUAGAGUGAAAACUUAUCGAGCUGCCUGGUGGUGACUAGCUUUGAAAUUCUAUUUUUGUUUUUGGCACUGUCUCUGAACUUUAUUGAUUAUUCUUUUUCAUUUUUUUCUUUUCUUUUUCUUCUGCUUCUUUUUUUGCAGUGAGCUCACUCGAAAGAAAUCAUUUCAAUCAUCAUCCAGUUAUGCUCCGUUUUGCCCCGAUAAAACGGGUGCUAUGAGCUUAAAAGAUUACAAAUCCCUACAGAAUCAUGAACAGCAUGUGCAGUUUCUCAAGGAGUGUGGGUUUAAUGAAGAUGAAAUUCAGUUCAAACUUGAACAAGAAGGUCACAUUCCAAAGGUAAAUUUUACAAAAUAAUAAUUUAUUUUUAGUCCGCAUGGCCUGUUGUAUAAUGUUGUUAAUGCAACUCAUAACAGAAAAGAAGAGCUCUGUUAGAGAAAAAAAUAUGUAAGUAAGUAAAAUUAAUUAUCAGAUAAAUGAAUAAAUAAUUCAGUAAAUGGGCAAAAAUUAAUGAUAAAUAAAUAAAUAAAUAGAUUAAUGAAUAAAUAAUGUCUUAGUUGAUUCCCAGAGGGUUUUAACUACUCCCCCCCCCCCCCACUCCUUUGUCUUAAUUGGUUUCCGCCGGCCUCGCCUCACUUGAAGGUCUAGGUGGCUAACACCCUCGGAGCUCUGUUUUAUUAUUCAUUUUUAUUUAUUUUCUCUUUCAAGAUGCUUUAUCGCGCUGUAUUUUGUUGUGUAGUCCGCCCUCCUCUCCAUAUGGCGUGUGAUACUACUACUACUACUACUACUACUACUACUACUACUACUACUACUACUACUACUACUACUACUACUACUACUACUACUACUACUACUACUACUACUACUACUACUACUACUACUACUACUAAUAAUAAUACUAAUAAAAAAACUACUAAAAAUAAUAAUACAAAUAAUAAUAAAAAAAAUAGUGAUAAUACAAGAAAAAAAAAAAAUAAAUAAUAAAAAAAAAAAAAAAAUAAUUAAUAAAAAAAUACUUCCUUAUUUUAUCCCCGGGGGUUUUUAACCCCCCCCCCCCCCCCCCCACUCAUCUCUGUUAUGCCCUUUCCCCCUUCAUGGCAUAUGUUACAUAGUACAACUUAAAGCCAAAGUGCACCUAUACUUAAGUAAUUGUUGAAUUUAUCUUGUUAUUACAGAGUUCAAAGAGAGUCAGUUUUUUUGUAACUAGCCCCCUCCCUCCAAGAUGAGCAGGAUUAAUUACAGUUCUCCUGUACAUGUAAUUUGAAUUCCCCCAAAAAAUUCAAUUGCCCAUUGGGUAAGUUACAUUGUAAGAACAGAAUUUACUAUCCCAAUUACAAAGUCCACUAGCCCUGGGCUAUUGGACAUGCCUUUGUUUGCACAGUGUAUUAGAAUUCAAUAGGGCACAGAGGAAUGCCAAUAUAACAUAUAGUAUCAAUAAAUUAUUGCUCUAUCAUAGAUUUUAUGUAUGUAGUAUGUAGUUUAAUAAUUGUGUUGGAAUUGUGGCUCACUAGGGGUGCAUAUCAGAGCUUACAGACCAUCCCUGAAUAGAGGUGGGGAGAGAUACAACCUUUCAGUGAUUUGGACCAGACUGAUCAGGUCACAAGCCAUGUCUGAUGUUCAAUCUAUUGUGAACAAGGUUCUAGCAAAUACAGCCUUCUCUCCUUGCUCCUCACUGACAUGGAUGUUUUUGUGAAAUGUCCCUAGUGGUGAGAAGAAAGCAGAGAUGGCUGUAUAUUCGCAGUCUAUCUCUGCUAGUAAAGUGACAAAAAUUUACAAGAUUUUAAGUUUAACAUAUCUCCUUGUUGGACUUUUCAAGGCUCCAAAAAGAGGCAGAUUCGUAGCAAAUCCUGAAGCUGAACAAAAGAAGAUUAAGGAUCUUGAGGAAAGAAUCAAAAUGCGAGAAGAUGCAUUGACUGUCCCUGAUCUGUAUUCUAAUGUGAGAGUUCUGAGCAGGCAUGCUUUGGAAGUGGAACAAUCACUGCAUAAAGGAACAGUAAAGGAGAGAAGUUUGAAUCACUUGGUCCAACCUAAAAAACAAGGUACAGUUUAUAUGAAGAUGAUGUGAACUGUGGAAAUACAACUUUUAAAGGGGCUGUGUCAUGGCAGUUCAGUUCAUUUUGUUUAAUUUUGCCAAUCACUCAUCCUCAAUGGCUAUGGAACUUAAAGUAAGCAAAGAAAUUACUUGCAAAUGACAAAAUUCCAGAGAUCCGAGACAAACAAAUAUGUCUCCUGAGCACUAUUUUUGAAGUUGCAAGCAGCAGGGAUCAUCUUUGAAAAACUGUUAGCCUGAACAGUUUUCAAAAACCCUAAUUGUACUCACUCUUGCUAACAAUGAAAAUAUUAAGGCAAUGGAAAUAUUAAAGUAAAAUUAGAAUACUGGCUAGGGGCUAGCAGAGCCAGGCAGCCAGUUGACAUUAGCAUUAAAUAGAAAUAAAUUACAGGUCAGCAAGAUAACUGAAGCACAAAUACACACAGAAAAAGAAAAAGAAAAGAGAAAAGAAAAAGCACAAUUUCUACGCUAUUGAGGAAGUCUAAAAUAGUUAAAUUUAUAUAUGAAUACUUAGGAAUUCAUGAAUGAGGCUGAGUAUGAUAUGAAGAAUUAAGCAGAUCGAGGAGGGUGUUAUCGACCCAUGUGGAAGAUACCCUCCGAGAUCACCUUAACUCUUCAUAUCCUACGAAAGCCAAAUUCAUUAACUGCUUUAUUAUUCAUUCAAAGUAAUUCCUAGUUUGGAACAUAGCUAAGACAUGCUUACCUGCAUCGAUGUUAAGUUCAUCUUCAAUAGUGUACGUUUAGGUUUGUCCAGCUCCGCAAAUAUUCUCCAAAUAGCAGAUGUCGCCCUUUGAGUCGUCUUUUUGCUGCCUUGUGCUAUCUUUUUAGCUAUUAUUUCGCCUUGUUCCAGCUGUAGUUCUAACUCUUGAAACGAGUGAACUGUCCGCCAUUUUUGUUUUCACAACCAAAACGACUCAAUCUCGUUCCCAGGUCUUUUCGGUAACGGUGCCUUAUCCUGUAGCGGGCUGCAUUUUUGAUGUCAUUUUGUGGUUGAACUCAAAAUUCUUCCAAAUUUGGUCAUCAGUAACUGGUUAUGGUGAAAUAUGUUUGUGCUUUUAGCCAACCAGAGUUGGGGAAAUAUUUUGAAUGAAUAAUGAAAUAAAUUAUCGAAUUCUGUCUUUUGUCGUUAGACCUUCCUAAAUAGUACGUAAAUGGAUAAAGACAACAAAAAAGACGAAAACGCAGCUUUGAUAAGCCAAAUUCACUGUAAAUGAACGGUGCUAAAAAAAUUACAGCCAUCUUUCCUGCUGACCGCCGCUGAAAAGAGAAGAUGAAAGGUCUGAAAUUUGUUUGAUAUUUUCUUCAUAGCCCUACUGGAGCAUUUUGUGUAUAGUUAAAGGUAUUAACCCUUUAAACCCUGAGAUCAAAAUUUGAAUUCUCAUUUGUUGCCCCUGUUCGUUUCCUACAGAAGUUGUGGGGAGAAGUUGAUAAAAUAUCGAGCAAAUUCAUCUUGUGUGAUCAUGUCCGUAGUUCUCAUGACCACUCUGUUUUACAAAGCAUUGAUAUUACAAGGAGAAAUUUGAUGCUGAUCACUCUUAGGGCCUAAAGGGUUAAAUCACUAAGUAAUAAUUUCAGCCCCUUAAAAUGAUUGAUGCCUCUUUUAGCUAUACCGCUGAAUGAUCCACUGCUGCAAACAUUGCUGGAACAAGACAGGAUCUUGACCAAAUCAAAACGGGUACUUGAAUCGUCUACUUCCAGUGGGACAGAUAACAAUUGUAGCAAAGAGUCCUCUACAACAGAAGAGCAGCAAGAAUUAUGUGUGCGGAGACCCAGCAGUGCGUCCAAGGAGGACAGUAGAACUGCUAAUUUGCCAGCAAAUAUUCAACCCAUUGACAAGGAGGAAAUCAUCCAAAAUAGAUUGUCCUUGGAGCAAAUUAAAGAAAUUCCAAAAUUCACCAAUUAUCAUCCUGGGGAGCCGAACAAGGUUGAUAUGCUUCAUAUUCAUUUAUAAUCGGGCGUAACUAGCGCUCAUUUCUCAGUUUUUAAGGACUGCUAUUUUACUUAGAUAUUGCUUCCAAAGAGCUAAAGCUUGGGCAAAUUACUCAAGUUAACCAGAUCUCUACAUUUGAACUACAUUUGUUUAUACAGUGACUCCUUCUAUGGAUUAACUCUUAUUAGCCAUUUUAGCCUUGCCUGUUGGACUGGGUGUGUUGUAUUAGUGAUAGGUGUUCCCUCACCUGGGAAACACAUAUCCCUAAUGACAUGUGUUCACCCACCUGGGAAACACAUAUCCCUAGUGAUAUGUGUUCCCCCACCUGGGAAACACAUAUCCCAACGAGGCUUAGUACAAGUUCACAGUGGAAGUUUAACAGCGCGACUUCUUUGGAUUGACUUUAGGUGCUGUUUAUCAAGAACCUUCAUCACAAGACAUCAGAGGCAGACUUAGUCUCUCUCUUCAUUAGAUUCCAGGAAAAACAGGCCCCUAAAAUCGCUUUCAGGUUGAUGAAAGGAAAGAUGAAUGGCCAGGCGUUUGUGACCAUGCCAGGUUGGUCAAGUUUCUCCUUGCCACUUAUUUCUAUGUAUAAAUAACACGUGUGUCGAAUUCCAUUUUUAUUUUGUUUUACCUCGGUUAUUGCAUGUCGAAUUUCAUUUACGAGUAAUUUUUCGCUAACUUUAAGUUCCAUCACCUCCUGUAGUGAUUACUCAGCCGAACCUCAAACGCUUUAAGGCUGGCCGGAAUAAUUUUGAUAUGAAUUGGUUUUUUAUCCUAACUUAUUAAUCUAUUUAACACUUUUUUUUGUUUAUUUUGCUUUUCUAUUGUUAUUUUGUUUCUUAUAUCCACAUGAUGGCUAUGCUUUUGUGGAUUAUUUCAAUAAACGGAAACGUAAACGUCCAUGUCGGGUAAGGACGAGUAACUGGCAAUGCAACAAAGCGGACUAGAUUUCCCUGAUAGUUAGUUUUUUUUUUCGUAGACAGUUCUUUGUAAUAGGUUCGAAUAUUUUAAUUUAUGUUAUGUCCCAUGGCUACCUUUGCCGAUUGCAAAAAUGUUUUUUGGGAUCACUUUCUUGGGGAUCUUGGCCACUAAACUUAGAAUAGUAACCGAGCCUUCCCAUUUAAUUUCCAGUCCUUCCUGAACCGUUUGUAUGCAAUGUUCAGCUGGCUGCAGAGGCUGUUAAGGGUUAAGCCGUGAGGAUAGUGAUUAGGUUUAAGCACUGACUCCAUAAACGGGCACUGAGAGUAGUGAUUAGGGUUAAGCACUGACUCGAUAAACGGUUAGCUUCUAUUUGGGGUUAGGGUUGUUGCUAUAUAUCUUCAAAUCAAACCAUCAAUCGUCAGCAAAUCCUCAGUGGCGUAAUGGUAUGGGAGAUGGACUGCAGAUUCUACACUUCGGUCGGGUUCGAGUUCUACUCACGCCCUUCUAAACGUUUUUUCCUUAAAAAUUGAAGAUACUUAGACUGUUCUCUGUACUUAGAAAUUUCAUGUAGGAAAAGGGAAAUCUCUCAGAAUGUCUUGUGAGAGGGAAAUAUCUGGAGAUGAGUGCUCCUCAAGAAAGUGAUCCCCCCCCCCAAAUUUUCACUUGCAGAUUAGACAUAUCUGUGCGCAUGCGUGGGGUACUGGCUGUACCGCUGAGGGUAGUGGUGUGGCCGUUCCGCUUCCUAAAUUUUGGUCCUCUUUCUUAAGCUGCCCCGUAAGAGAAAGCUGAGAAAACAGUAUCACUUUGACUCUGAAGAUGAUUACCGCACAGGUUGUCGAAACGUCAGUCACUGUCAACAACAGCAGUCCUAUUCAGGAGUACGUUCACCCGGACGAUCAAACUCAACCUACUUUUGAAAUGACUCCUGGGUUCAAACCUUUCACAGUAUCACUUUUGAAAGCUUAAAUACUUAAAGGCAAAUUUUUUUGUUUUCGGAAACCUCUGAAUAAUGUCCGGUCUAGUUUAUAUGGAUUUCCUAGUUAGAGGGUAAUUCGGCGGGGGAGGAUUAAUGAAUCAAUACGAUACCGUGCAUUAAAACGUAUUCAAUCGCAUGGAGGCCCUAGAAAUGUUUUAAAAAAAUAAUGCUUGAAGAGUAUUAUUUUCUAGAAGUAUGCUUCAUCGAGUUUUCUCUUUCAUAGACCUGUUUCUUGAUCCUUAUGACUUUGGUUUUUUACGACAGUAAAGUUUCAUGUCCAGCCGACUAAUUCAGCGGUGGUUUAUACGCUGCAUUACAUAUUAUUGCAAUUGAAAAGAACCUCAGCAUUAAGAAUAGUGUAGUCAUGUUUGCUUUAUAAUUUAUUGCAAAAUGUUAAUAAACCCGCGUCAAGGGAAAGAUCAAGAAUGGACCUUGCCAUGAUUCGCACACAAAUGUAAUUAACAAGUUAAUGAGAUUUUUGAUAUGAUUUAUCUAUCUCCUUUAGAGCCUUUAUAUUUACUGGAAAAGUCAUUAUAUUUUGCGUUAAAAAGUAAUCAGACGUUUUAAACCACUUUAUUAUAGAUUACUUCCAUUUUUAUUAAAUUUGGCGCCGGCGCUACUUUUUGCGGCUGGUUUCAUUACAUCUGCGGUUAAAUUCAUUUUGUGGCGUAGCACUUAUGCUCGAUUUAUGCACGUUUUGUUUUUGACUUUAGAUAUUGAUUCAGCAACUGCGGCGUUGAAUUUGGUGAAUGGCUAUUUGUUUAAAGGUAAACCCAUCAUCAUUCAGUACGGGAAGCAGAAGAAGGAACCUUCACACGAGAGCGUUACGACAUCGAAUGCCUCCCCGGCAAGUACGUCAAAAUGGUGAGUUUUUUACAGUCCUUGUCGCGAAGCUUAAUCAUUUUUAAGUGUUUGUCAAGGCUAGUUCAACUAUGUUUAAAACAGGCGCGUUUGAGCUCACUAUUUCUGGUUGCGAGACACACCCUCAAACUUGGUUUCCAGUUUAAAAAAAAGGAGGAAUGUGUCCUAGUGGUUGUACUAUUAUCGUUACAUCUGGCCGCAUGAGGCUGACUUCUCGCGGUUUUUGGAUUUGGAUUCGCCAUUAGAAAGUGAAAUCCGCGCGCCUCUUGCCUUUUGCAAAAACGUGUUUCUUUAUUUCAAAAUCUUCCGCAUUGUUGACCCGUUUUUCGAGCUGAACACAAACUCGAUUCGCUGGCAAAGCGUAAGUAAAUCCAUCACAAAGACAAAGAUUUGAGACUGCAUUAUGUUAGCUUGUGGUCGCAAAUUGUUGGAUUUUUCGACUCCUACACACCUCGAGUUCCCAAGAGGAGUGGAAAUCCGCUUAAGUACAUGAGAACUGCGCCUCAAAUUAAGCGACCACCCUCCCCCCAUUUACAUGUAGCGGCCAGUUAUCAGGGUCCCGGCGGACUGAAUAGUCAGUAAAUUACUGUAAACCGAACCUAUUGAGAGCGGUCAACCUCCAUUAUGCCCUUGCUUGUUCGUUCUCAUGGCCGGGAGUGUCGGCUUGAUAAAAUUCUAUUAUAAUUUCGGUUUGCGACCUCUGUAUGGUCUGUGGAUAAAAAGAUUACUUUGCAGACCAUAAACAGAACUUUUAAUAUUUAAGCCUACCACGUUAAAACCCAAACGAAAUCGUUAGUCAAUGUCAGGNCGUCAAAAUGGUGAGUUUUUUACAGUCCUUGUCGCGAAGCUUAAUCAUUUUUAAGUGUUUGUCAAGGCUAGUUCAACUAUGUUUAAAACAGGCGCGUUUGAGCUCACUAUUUCUGGUUGCGAGACACACCCGCAAACUUGGUUUCCAGUUUAAAAAAAAGGAGGAAUGUGUCCUAGUGGCUGUACUAUUAUCGUUAUAUCUGGCCGCAUGAGGCUGACUUCUCGCGGUUUUUGGAUUCGGAUUCGCCAUUAGAAAGUGAAAUCCGCGCGCCUCUUGCCUUUUGCAAAAACGUGUUUCUUUAUUUCAAAAUCUUCCACAUUGUUGACCCGUUUUUCGAGCUGAACACAAACUCGAUUCGCUGGCAAAGCGGAAGUAAAUCCAUCACAAAGUCAAAGAUUUGAGACUGCAUUAUGUUAGCUUGUGGUCGCAAAUUGUUGGAUUUUUCGACUCCUACACACCUCGAAUUCCCAAGGGGAGUGGAAAUCCGCUUAAGUACAUGAGAACUGCGCCUCAAAUUAAGCGACCACCCUCCCCCCAUUUACAUGUAGCGGCCAGUUAUCAGGGUCCCGGCGGACAGAAUAGUCAGUAAAUUACUGUAAACCGAACCUAUUGAGAGCGGUCAACCUCUAUUAUGCCCUUGCUUGUUCGUUCUCAUGGCCGGGAGUGUCGGCUUGAUAAAAUUCUCUUAUAAUUUCGGUUUGCGACCUCUGUAUGGUCUGUGGAUAAAAAGAUUACUUUGCAGACCAUAAACAGAACUUUUGAUAUUUAAGCCUACCACGUAAAAACCCAAACGAAAUCGUUAGUCAAUGUCAGGUCGUAAAGUUGCAUAAAACUUGCUUUUGAGGGGGACUACUCAGAGGUAUACCGUAAAGGAAUAAAGUGAAACACUGAGAUAAGAAUCUCCCCUAGGACAGAGAAAGCGAUAUAACGAACAAUAGUUUUUUAUCUAGCUAUAGCAAAUGUAUGGCAAAGGACCCAAAAAAAGAGUACCACCUUUAUAACUCGUAUUCGCAUUCGCUUGAAACGAAUAAGAGAAGGGUAAUGAUUACUCUGAUAUAUAGUAAUAAUAAGUACAAAGGUAUUUGUUAUUGCCCAAGACUGUUUUACUUUUAUUCUGCGUCUCUAUAUCCCCCUCAUAAAACCGGUAAAACUCCUCUAGCUCAGAAUUGCAACUGAGUGUCAAAUGAUUUCAUAUUUGUCCAGUGCUCCAAUGUAAACAAGCAAAUUAGCCUUCGCCUGCUUGACUUAUCCUAACUUUGUUGUUCAUUGUACUUAUACAGUACACUGAUCGCCCUUUUGGUUUCUAUAGUGGAUUUUCUAAACGAGUCGUAGUUAGGAUUAGGGUUACAAAAAAUAUACAGAUGCUGGCCUUGUGAUAUGUUUUAGCACUAUCGACUGUAUCGAGUUCUGCGAAAAUUGUCCAUACUGCAAUCGACAAUUUUAACACGUACCUUACGCGUGUAUGUAAGGUGGGGUGUUGUUGCCUCGCAACGUGUAAGAAGCGUCAUGUCAUUAAUUAUUGAUGAAGUCAACACUGUGGAAAUCUCACAAUCUCUGCUACAUUGCAAACCUUUUGCUUAACUUUCUUCAAUAUUUUAUUCAUGUUUAAAGUGCUGCACCAAAUACUACACCAAGCAUUUUUCCAAUAUCCGGACACCUUGGCUCAGUCUGAUACAUUUGUUAAUCAUUUGUUCUUGUGUUUGCGGAAAGUAUAGGAAGCAUAUUAAAGCAAGUACCACGGCGGCGGCAGCAAAAACGUCAACAAAUCAAUGGAGAUGACGAGCAAAACUAACAUUCUUUCACGUGCGUUCCACUUUUUAGAACAUUUCUUUGUGUCCUUGCGCGACUAUACGAAGUCAGUGAAAUUUGCUUAUGCAAUAUUUUCGGGAGGACGUUUUCUUUCUAUCUCUGAAUCUACAAUUGUAGUUAACAAUUCCAAAUCGAGCCACUCGGGUUAAUUGUAAUGAAGUUCGAAAGAAUGCUAGUCAAUAAGUGACGUUUUCGCUGCGGUUGACGCUAUUGUUCCCAAAAUUUCCCAUUACUUACAAUUCCGUCAUUGGCUUAAAGUCAUUAUUUACGCCGGACCUGUUCUUAAUCCAGCAGGUAUAUUAUUUGGGUGUAAAGGAAAAAUUAACUUGACGGCGCUAACAGAUGGAAAUUUUGCGGUGUCUGUAGAAAUGUAAUUCUUGGUCACACUCCGUUCGGUUUGGUUUCCGUUUUUCACAAGGAUAAAAAGUUUAAUCUUUGGUGUUGAAAUACAACAUGAAUUUGUGGUGGCAGUUUCGAGUGGUGGAACAUUCGUGAAAAUGGAUUCUCGAACAAAUAAAAUACAUUUUUUUGACGAGAAAACAACAAGACUGCUACCGUGAAAAUAGCUUAGAUAACGCCAGAUCCGAAUUAGGUCCAUCUGAUUUGCACAUAUUACAAUUACAUUCCUCAUUCCCGGUAAUUUUUUCAUUUUCUACCCAAUGAAAAACACUUUGUGAGAAAAGAAUUCUCAUAAGGGAAGAUUAAUGUAUGUAAAAAAACGUAAAAAUAAUAAUAAUAAUAAUAAAACAUAAGCGUAUUGCAGUUUUCAUCCCCAUCUGAAAAAAUUAAAGAAUUAAAGUCAGUUCUUAAUUAAAAGACCCAGCAUUCUUUAGCUCCUGUUUCUUUCUUUUUUGUUUCAUCCUGUAGAUUUAAAAGCUGGGAUGCUAUUUAUAGUAGACGUAUUAGAGGAAAAAAAUUCUAACUUAAUGUGAUAAAAAAAAACGCGUCAAAAUGGCUUGAAAUAAUCAAGGAAGCUUUAUAAGCCCACCCUACUUUAAACUAUGGUUCUUGAAACUUCGAAGUUGUCUUCGGUUUCCGUUUCUCAUACAUGCCGACUUCUUAACACCGUUUUUGUUUGUUCCGCAUGUUGUUAUGGUCCUGAGACCCGGGGGGUUUUCUUGGGUUAAUUUUUGCUGGGUUUGUGCCGCUGGCAUCUCAGAACCCCUACCCCAUUAAAGUCUAUUUUCUAGCCAUAUUAUAGACCCCAUCUUAGUAACUUUGGGAAAAAAGUGAUUUUCGCAAUCCCAACUUAGUCACUUUCUGUUUAUGCAUCUACCUUAUAAAUCCUUUUAACAAGGUCAUCCUGAAAUGAACUGAUACAUUUCGGUUUAACUUAAUGUGAGGUAAAUCUUUCUAUUUUUAAAUCCCUACAUACCUGCGGAAUUUUCUGACCGCCCAAAUUCUGAAAUGUACGUCCCUAUUCUAGUAACUCUUAUAAAAAUGCAACCCCAUAAUAGUCAAUCCAGUCGUGAUAAUGCAGUCGUAAUAAGACGUUUUAUCGUCGAGAAAAAUAAAUGUACCCCAGUAGAAUAGAGAGUAUACUAAAGCCACUUAUUUUUAAGCAAGGAAUUAAAGAUCGAUAAUCAUGAAUACAUGGAGUGUCAGCCAGUGGGCAUCUGUAGGCGCAGCUGCCAGAACUUCCUGUUUCAGCAGAGAAUUCAAUAAAACUGUGUUUCGAAAACAAUAAAAAACGAUGUAUCCCGUAGUUAAUUAUUUUUCGGGAUUCAGAUACAUAGACUAUUUUCCUGUUCUAAUCAGACUUUUUUUUCUCUGACAAGCUGUCCUGUGCGUGGGAAAAUCGGAAAUAUUUUUAUUGCAAAUAACUUGGCAUUUUGUUUCCUGCGUUUUGUAUGGAAGCUAUAACUUGCUUAAUUAAAACAAAAGCGUAACCGGCUUCGAGUGAACAAAAUUGGGAGUGUGGCCAUUUGACUGAAAGCAUUCCGUUUGUUUCAGACGGUUUAGUUGUCUUUUUCUUAUUUGUAUUAUUGUUUUCUUGAGGUAGUCAGAAAAAGGAAAAACGAAACGAUGUAUGUUAGUUGUAAUGUACUAAAUCAACUCCGCGUAAAAUCAUCGCUUUUUAGCCAUUUCCUUCCGUAAAAGACACCACUAUCCCAACAACGUUUCUAUGAAUAUUGCUCUUAAAUAAUGAAUAGCUUCAAGUCAAUCGAGGAGCUUUAAAACUGUAAAUAGCCUUAGUCGGCCAGAACGGUUUUGUAAAGACAAUUAAUAGAACAUUUGUAGGGUCACUGACCCAUAAUUUUAGCUUAAGUUUUCUUUUCAUCAAGAAAACAUUUUACCGGGCUGUUUGAACGAUUGCCUAAUCUAAAGCUUCAACCACCAGAUUCCUUUGUGAUCGACGAGUUCCUUUUAAGCAAGUUCAUUGCCAUUCAUCUUAUUGAUCCCUAUGAUUCUUGCAUUUUUGUCGCGAAAAGAAAGAGAUAAUAUUAAAGGUGUUCUCAUUCCUCAGAUGUUCAACCAGCUUUUUUCCGCAUUUUCCGCCGAUUCACUGCUGAAACAGGAAACCUGUUUUUAAAAUUUCUUCCAUAUUUCAGAAAACUUGUGUGGGUUUUGAAUGGACCAUUUCACUGCAUGCGAAUGGGUGUGUUGCGCUUGUGUCCGUUUUGGUCAGACAUGCAACCUCGUUUCCAGGAAAUUUCUUUACAUGAAGAAGAGACACUGGUAGCAAGGUUACACGAGACGGACUAUGAACAUCUUCAGAGAAUCUGCGUUCUGCUGUUGGACCCUUUCACCCCCGGUUACUUGAAAAUAUUUUUGCUAUUCCAAAGGGUUUUUAAGCUCAGUGUUCCGAGAGUAUUUUGAUAGAUUAAUGUAUCCAAAGUGGCUCAGUGGCAGCUUUUAUUUGUUAGAGCGGUUUUCAUUUGAGUGUCGAAAAGUAAUUGGUUUUGCACUUUCUACACGAUGCGAUUGGCUUAAAAGAUUCGCGCCACCUUUUCAUCCAAUCAGAAGUAAAACCAAAGCCAAUUGUGACGCGCUCGCAUGCAUUUUCCCGCGCUUUGCGUCAGCCACAUGUAAUUACUUCGAGUUUUGAUUGGUUCAAUGUAUUGUCUGUGUCCUAUGUGAUUGGCCAGAGUAAUUACUUUGGUUUUGGUUUUACGACACUGAAACGAAAACCACUCUAACUCCUCGGCAAAUUUAAAUCCAAGGACAAAGAAGAUCAUGUGGCAUACUAACUUAUGGGUUUGUAAAUCUCAUGAAAAAAUUUCUCCUUAAUGCAUCCUUGAUUUCGUCCUCAAAAUCAUAGACAUUGGAUGUUCGAAAGAGUGUUACAUCACAAUAUCAAACACAUCGAUGAAAUUAUCUCGAAAUUAGUUAGAACAUGCCCAGCUAUGCGUUGUCGUAUGAUUUUCAACCGUCUACUAGUCGGAUUCUCAUCUCUGUCUUAAAUAACCUGUUGAAUCGAUGUUUCAUGUUGAAUAUACCCAAAUUGAAAGACCCUUUGGUAAGUUUUUUGUCAAUAGACAUGCAUUUUAAACCUUUAAAAGGCUAUAAUACCCCCGUGUAAAAGCUUGAAUUACCCAAUGUGAUUUUAAAUUGUCCCCUUUUUCAUAGAUCAUUUUUUGUGGAAUCACGGUAGUCUUACGUACCGAUUUUCUGGCUGUGCCGUGUCAAGUGAGAGAAGAGACUUCACCACAUUAGCAAAUCUGGGUGGACUUAAAUUGACUUAAUUAAGAUUUAUUGUUUCUUCCCAACCUCCGUCAAAAAGCUUGUAAGAAUUGGUGCUGAUGAGGGCGCAUUUGAAUAUAAAGCAUAGGGUAUAAAGGUAUUUUUGUAAAUAUUUAGAAGAUUCACAUUUUCAUAUGUCCUCGAUUGACCGUGUCAGCUAAACAGUGUGACACGUUCCUUUCUUUGUUUAGUGUCAAAUUGUACUUUAGCAAUGCGCUCAGAGAAUGCUGCCCAUCGUAUGUUAUUUCUCUGAGUAUAUGACCAGGAAUUCUUUCGAUUUUUGCUGCUCUUAAAUGAAGCUUGGGUGCUAACGUUUCUACCUAUUUUCAUUGUUUUUUCGUUCUCAUAGUCCUAGUUUUAACUUUAUUAAAAUACCAAAAACAGGCAGGAAGUACAUGUAAUUAUGGUAAACGUAAAGAUUGGUUAAUCAAGCUUUUGGCAUCACUCCCACCAGGUCAACUAUGAUUCCAUAGACAAGAAAUAUGUUCAAACCCCCGGGCAAAACAUGCCUUACACACCUCUCUACGAUGACACAGCACUUAAUGCACAAGGUCGUGUCUAAUCGUGAUGAUAGCUUCUGUGGCUUAUUCUAUUUGUUGAAAGGGCUGGAGAGCUACAUAUAACCAAAGUCACGGUUCCCAAUAUUGGUGGCUUUAACUCCUUGUGUUAUCAAUUAUCUUUCUAUCUGCGUACAACUUGUUAAUAUUCUGAAAAGACGAAUUCUGUGGAUCUUUGUUUGAAAAAUGCGGCGUCCCUCUGGCCACUUAGUCGGUUUUUCUAGAUCUUUCUAUUGCGCUGCGCUUAAGAUAUCUAUCAUCUCUGCUUUUGCCUACCUAAAAUAACUAUUAUCUUCCUUUGCAGUAUAUAGUAUCAGGGAUGUACUGUUAUCUGUGCAUCCGUUCAAUCUUGCCGAAUAACGUUAAGAGUGGUAUUGACGAAACUCCAGAUAAACAAACCUUAAAUAGAGUAGAGUGUUCACUAAAAUGAGAGCUCAAUUUUUUGACUCUUCAACACUUAAGAGUGACAAGCAUUUGAUUUGUUCUCAACAUAUCAUAUGUACCGAAUGUAAAAGUCUUGAGAAUAAAGGAAAUAGUCACCACACUGGUGUUGAUUUUUUUAGGAAAAUAUGCCUCUCAGUAUUACAAAAAUUAUUCGGAAACCGGUAAAGAGAAUAUGUAAAAUGAUAUAAGGGUGUUAAGGCAUAGAAGAAUUGCACAGUGACCCGAGCCUCAGACGGUUCCAAUUGGUGUUUGUACCCUCAUAUUAUUUACGUCUUGAAUCUCUCUUUUUUCAUAGAGAGUUUUGCACCUGGUGGUUUUGAGGUCAGUGUUUAAGGACCAUUUAAUAAGUGUACGAGGAGUUGAUUUUUUCUUGCCUUACGUGUCAUUGUUCAUCACAAAUUAAGCCUUUGGGUCCCAAGAGUGACCAACAUCAAAUUUCUCCUAACAAUGUCAAUACCUUAUUAAAAGAUAGGUUUAUGAGAAUAAAUAAAAUGAUCACCUCAGAGAAAAUGCUUUGAUCUUUGAACAAAUUCUCUCAACUAAUUCAGUAAGGAAAUGUAUUGAGAUCAGUUUGGAGAAUUUGUAUGUGGAUCGUGGAGCUUAAAGGGUUAAACAUCCAUUUUAGAUAUUUGUUGAAAUGGUGCAGAUUUUCAUGGUCUCGCGAAGGCGGUAUGUAUACCCUCGGGAAAUUGUCAUUCUUUUCCGUGAGAGUGAUGCCAAGACUUUUAGCACCUAAAUUCCAUAGUGACGUUGAAGGAUAAGAUUUAAAAUUUCAUAACCUAUGAACCGUCAACAAACCUAAAGUAUUUUCAGAACCAUUGUGGAGAGUCACACCAAACGAGGCUGAGUGCAAAAUGAGGGAAAAUGAGUUUUAUUUGCGUGAGAAUAAAAAAUCAUUUUCAUAUCAAUGGCUUCACACUUAGCCUCGCUUUGAAACAGAGGCUUGAGGCAACUCGUUAAUACAGAAUACCUCCGUUAAUAGAGUGUUUUCACAUGACGUCAUGGCAGCCAUAUUGGUUUCCCAAAACAAUGAAGCGGCAGCCAUGUUGGUGUCCCAAACCAAUCCUGUGGGAGUUAAACUCUUUUCAAAAACGCCUCCUUUUGUUCCAAUAAACUUGCAUAAAUGCUGACAACGUGGGCGAAAAUACUGUACAGCCUAUUCUCAUACUUUUAAGAUUUCCAAAAGAUGCUUUUAUUCUUUUUGGGGAAAGUAUGGCCGAGUCAUAAAGUACAUUUAUUUUAUGGAGGAGAGUGUUUUACUGGGAACUAAACCACUCGUAGAUUCCAUACGCCACUUCAUCCGGGACCCGAGUGGCGUAUUUUCCGUAUGUCACCUUUGUGAGUGUCGUAUCGUUCAAUGACGUCACGAUUCUCGCCUUUUGCUUUUGUUGAAUUGGUUUCUCCAUAUAAUAAAAAGAACAUUACACGUUGGCUCGAAUAUAUGAAUUUUAUGUUCUCGUGGCAAGAACAAUAUCUCACUCGUUCGCUUCGCUCACUCGUGAGAUAUUGUUCUUGCCACUCGAACAUAAAAUUCAUAUCUUCUCGCCACCGUGUAAUAUCCUCUAUAUACGUAGUUUCCUUGAGGAGAUCGAGAACUAAUUCCUAUUUAAAUUGCAUUAUCUUAUCAACCUUAAGCUGAAAAGGAUUAAAAAGGUAAAAGUGGAUUACAGAUGAGCAGGAAAUUAGAAUUGUCCAUCUGGUGAAACUCUGAUCAAAAGUAGAUUAAAUAACUAAUUAACUAAUAAUUCUCUGUAGUGUUUAUCGUUGAAUGGAUAAAGGGGUAUCACGGUAACGUUUCGAAAGGUACUGUGCCAGUAUGUCGGUAGGCGAGUGAAACUAAGUUAAAUCAACGUUCUGACGAAUUGCCAGCGCUUCGCUCGUUUUGAAUCUCUUUACGGUGGCCAGUUUAUGUUAUCAACUCAGUGGAUUAAACCAAAUUCCAGCUGUCAGGCUAUCAAGUCAAGGAAUCCCAACUAUAGUAUAUUUAGGAAAGUUAGUUUCAGCUAUUGGUCCGCUGAGCGCUCCAUGAGACCAGUAUGAUUUCCCGGGAUUACAAUUAUUGUGGUAUAGGUUCAAAUUAUUUUGUCUAAGAAAAAUGGGAUGUAACAUGUAGCUAGAGUUUUUGUAUCGUUUCGUUGUUGUUGUUGUUGUUGGUGGUGGUUUGUUGUAGUUAUCGGUAUUCUUUUUUUUCUCGUGAACUUUUAAUGCUGGCAUUCGUUCUUAUCAAACCAACACUAUUUUCAGUCUCUUAUCGAUUUUGUUUUCUUUUGUGGUUCUCGAGAGUGAUAUAAAGCAACUUAGAUAUGAAGUGACGCACGUGAUCUCUUAACUUUCGCGUUUAACAUUUUUAUCUCCUUAAGAUAGCUGGGUCAGCGUUAAAGUUAACCCUUUUAAAGCAAAAGUCAGCUGACACAAAAUGUACUUCCAAAAUUCGUGUCCGUGAGUCAAAUCAUAUGGUUUCAUAGAGUCUGUAUGGGGUGCUUGAAUUCCCGUUUAUCAGACAUCGUUUGAACUCUCCGCCCAUUUCUGAGUUAUUCGUUAAUUGUUUGGAUCCAAGAGGGUCUCAAUGGGGUUAACCGAUAGGCGUAAAACGGCCAAAAAUUUAGUCGAUAGCCGUAAAAAUUAAAAAAUUUUAACCGUUAGCCGUAAAUAGAGUAAAAAAGAGUUAAGCGUAAAAGGAACUGUUCCCUAGAUCUGCUACUUUUAAGGGAGGUACUAAACUCACUUAUGUUUGCGUUUUUUAUUUCCCGGCUCGUGUGACUCUCACGUUAGUCGAAGCGCCUUUUAGCUGUUGACCAAGACCUAGGCUCCAUUUCGGCCACUCUCUCGGGGAACUAAUUUUUUCCAUAGCGAAAGUGUGGCUUCUUGCUGGGGAUUAAUAUUCGCGAUUUUCACGAGGUCGUGCCCUCGAAACACUAUUGAAACAACACGCAGAUAUGUCACUGUUUGUAAAAACACGUUGCCCAUAAACAACAUUUCCCUGUUUUUCUCUGACGCUACGGUAGACAUUGCCAUGCCUAGUCCCUGUACGUCGUCUUCCCAGGCAAUCUCGGUCAAGGCAUUUCGGCGAACUCGCUAGGACCACGUGACCCGAAACGCAUUAGCCGCGCGGAAUAAUGAGGCCUACGGACAAGGCAACGGCAGACAGUCGUUCCGUACAGUCCUUCGCUAUCAUUAAAAACACUGGACACGGGAAUUUUGUUAUUAGCCGUUUUCACGCUAGAGCUAGAAAUGGAUUAUCCGUCUGAGACUAGCCUGUGUACAGUGGCGCCCUCCCCACAGACACCCUUUCUCCGAUUUUUUCUGAGGGGAGGGGGCGGCCGUACACAGGCUAUCUGGAACCGAUAAUCCCGCCUUCAAACUGUCCGUCGAAAUUGACGGAUAAAGUCAGGCGGAUUGUUCAUUCGAAAUUAAAACUAUUCCAUUUUCAAAUUAAGAAGUAUUACCUAUCUGACGCGAAUCAUCAAACGGAUAACCCGUUUCACACGAAUAAUCCGUCUCUCGUGUGACAACGGUCAUUUCUGUUAUGAUGAAUGUCUCGGCCCGGCCUUGAGUUGGGCGUUUGCGUGUCCGCUUUUGCUUUUUCACAAAGAUUAUUUUUAAAUUGACUAUUGACAUUUCUAUGUGUAAAAUAAUAUUAUAAGUGAAAUACUUUAUAAAAGGUAUGAUCUAUCAGAUGUUAAAAUUUUUCAAAAGAAUAGCUUGUUUAAUCCCGAGAUGAUCCGAAGACCUUUAUUUUGAUUUAAAGAUACAAAAAAUACAGGUUAAUUAAUAUUUUACUUUUUGAAACGAAAGAAGUUAAGUUUUAACUUUUUGGUUAACCGUAACUGAAAAAAAUUAGCCGAUAGCCGUAAAAGAGCCAAAAGUUUAGCCGAUAACCGUAAAAGCCACCACCCCAUUGAGACCCUCAUCCAAGGCCUCGGCUGCCAGAGUCUCUAUGUUGUAACAGUUUGAAGAAAACCACUUUUCAGUAACUUUUUACCUGGUGCUGUUUGUUUUCUUAGUUUUUUUAAUGAAUCGUGAAGUUUUUCAGUUUUAUUUUGUUUGUUAACUUUUUGAUUAAAGGGGUUAGGCUAAGGACAUCUUUCCUCAGGGUGAUGAUCGGACGAAAGUUUAUUUCUUCUUUCUUGCUUUUACUCAUUUUAAAGCCGUGAGUAGCUGGUCGUCCGCCUUGAAACCGGUAGCCAAUGCAGUAACCCGGCGUAGACGCCAAGGUUUUCUUUAACUAGUUUUUGUGGCCUCUUUCUGGAAGAAAAGAUACCCUUUGGCUCUCCUUGACAGUCAUGUUUAUUGCCUUUGAGAUUUACAUCACCAUCACGUUUCUGAUCCAAAAUUAUCAUUUAUCUGAGCUUGGAAUCGUAAAUCGUGGCCGGGCAUAGUGAUCGUUAUCUUCAUUUCCGGGUAGUAGUAUUAAAUCGUGCGUUGUUAACAAACUGUUGAAUAAAAUAGAACGAAACGUAUUUUGAAAGAGCUGAGAAUGAAAAGAUAUCUAGAGGACUAGAUAAACAGUGUUUGUAGGCAAACUCAAUAACAUCGACUAUGAANUGAUGUAGAGGUGAAUGAGAUAUGUUUUUUUUAGCUAGAGUAUUUAGUUUGGUGUUGUUUGGGUUUUGGUGUUGGGUUUGCUGGUGUGUCGGGGGCUGGGGGUGGGUGGGGGGGGGGGGGGGGGGGGGGGGGGGGGGGGGGGGGGGGGGGGGGGCUAACCCUUUAAGCCCCAAGAUCCACAUACAAAUUCUCCAGACUGAUCUCCAUACAUUUCUUUUAAGAAUAGUUGAGAGAAUUUGGUUUAAGAUCAAAGAAUUCUCCCCUUGGUAAUCCAAUCCCUUAGUAAUUCUAAUAACCUUUACUCUUGAUGAUCUGCUGAUGUUGGUAGGAGAAAAUUGAUGUUGGUCACUCUUGGGAUCCAAAGGGUUAAAAGAAAACCAUUAAUGGCCCAAAUUGCGCAAGGUACAUUCCAUCUUCAAACCUCUGAGAUUCAAGAUCACACUUGCCUAUUUUUGGCCAAAGACACUAUUUUGUAUGCAGUCGAUUGUUUUCACAUUAUGUACAUAACCUUUUAUCGAUAUAUGGCAUGGCGUCUCAUCGCUAUGUUCGUUACUAAAAUUACUUCAGUUGCUUUUGCCAUAUGCCAACAUUUCGCCGGCCGGGUCAUUACUAGUAUGACGUAACAAAGGUGCGUUAUAGCGACAGAGAAUGCCAGCAAUUAGUAUUUGCGCAUCAGAGUGAACUAUCCCGCCCACCUCAGACAUGCCUACAGUUAUAGUCUCGUAUCAUGGGUUGUUGUUUGAUAAUUUGUAAGCGUUGCGAAGGAAACUAAUUUGCGUCAUCUGUCCGCCGCUCCUCGGGAAAUGCGUUUCGUGGUGAUUUUAAUUAUAAAUCGAGGCGUUGGUGGUUUUGUGAUCGGUUGUGUAAUACAAAGGCAAGUCUCCGGAGGUUAAAUUCUUUGGUUUAGCGAGAUUAACACUGGACAUCCAUUGACAAAAGAGUCAAAGAAAUGAACCAUUGAUCCUGAACUAACGUCUUUUACAGUGUACAGUCGGAACGAAUCGAUUAAGGUACGGCCUAUUUUAUGCAGUUCAUCUAACUAUUUAACUUCCAAAUUUAUUUCUUAGAAAUUUAACGUUUUUAUUCUUGGGACUGUAGACAAAAACCUUCGUUAUGACCUUGCAAAUGAAUUCUUUUGAGUAAUACAGUGAUAUGUAUAAAUAUGAUUUUUAGUAUUUGGCAAAAAUAUAUUAAGGAUUUUUUUUUCUAUUUGUAUUUAAGCACACUUGGGCUCCGAAAUGGUAUUUUGUGUGUAUUAUCUGUGUUGGGGUUCAGCUGGUCUUCAGGGUUAUGUUAUUAAAAUCUUAUAAUCUUCUUUCAAUCCAAAAUCUGACUAUCCGGUUUAGGUGUACAGUAUAUUAUUAAUCGAUUGUGCUUGCUCUUUUAUAGUACGACCGUCACUUAGUUCAAACAAGUACAGUUUUUUUGUUUUGAAACCCCAUUUUUAAAACUUCUCAAUGUACAAUCUUAUUUAGCGACAUGUAAGUUUUCUGUUAGGUGCUUCAUCAUACGUAUUGAACUGUCUUCUGAUUUUAUUUUGUUAAGUAGCAUUUCCUUCUACUCGUGCGAAUCAUUUUUUUUUAAACUCCGUAUCGCAAAAAUGUUAAUAGUUACUAUAACGAAAACAUCCAAAGAGUAAGGAAUAUGAGUUUUGUGAAAGACCACAAUUAAUUUUAUCUUGCUUAAAUAUUCACAAAUAUAUUGGCGUCCACUUGAUUCUUAAACAAUCGGUAAGUGUUAAUUUGCAGUAGCGAUUAGAUAGCCUUCCAGAAUGAGUCUCAUUCUGCUUGCUUGUGAGGGGCCAAAUACUGAAUGCGUAAAGUUUACGUUUGGAAUAUUUUUAAAAGUGAUUUACGUUGCUCCAUUUUUUAACUAGUUGUAGUUAUGUCGCUCGAGCACUCUACUUGCCGAGUUGUUGAGACUGAACAAUUAUCUUGCAGUACUCUCAAAAGGUGUUUAUACUAUAUUAUCUUAGUCUUUUUUUUUUUAUCUCCGUCCUUUGUGAUGCUUAAAGCAUUUUACACAGCAAAUAAGUCAAGGAAAAAAAAAUAGUCAUCAGUCGUUAACACAUAAAAUUGACACGAAAUCCUUAACUGUUGAAAACCAUUUGUGGCCUUCCGAUUUGUACACUUCACCUGCCCACGUUUGUUUCGCAACUACGUACAUACGAUUAUUUCCUGAAUUUUAGCAGUCAUAAAUGGUGUUUUGUUUCCUUUCGAGCCCAAAGCCUUCCAAGGUUUUAAAAAGGUGCUCGAAAUGAUCCUUUUAGUUUCAAAAACCCUGCGGUUUAAGUCCUGUUUACAUUGGUCAAUCUGUCGGUCUUUUAUAAUUGUUCCUAUAAAAUUACCACAUUAUAUGCAUUCUUUGACCUUUCAAUUCUGAACAACGCCUGUUAAUUGUUAUGCAGGGCAAACGAACCGGCAGGUUUAAAAUUAGUAAACAAAUCAGCACGAGAUCCUUGUGUAUAUAUCCUUUUGCUGUAGACGCAGCGUGAAAUAGUCGCUCAGAAUUCGAAAAAAAAAAACGGAAGUUAGAAAACCCGUAAGAUUUGAAUGAUUAAAUCUGCUCAUACUUUAAGAAGCAUGGCAUUCUAUAACCUCCCCGAUAUUUUUUGAGAGGGGUGGGGGGGGGGGGGGGGGGGCGAUCUUGUAGGUUGAGUGUCUUUGUGGUAGUGUGUAGGUUACAGGUUUGGUGUUGUAUUGUUGUGUUUUGUUGUUUGUGUGGUGGGGUGGGGUGGUUGGGGUGGUGUGGUGGGGGGGGGGGGUGGGUGGUGGUGGGGGGGGAGGCGUCUGUACAGAGGCUAAGCAUUCUACAUUUUUCUUUUUUUUAAAACGUUUGAGAAACAUUGUAAAUGAACGUGACUUGAUACACGUGAAAGCAGCUAUGUAUAUGCUUUUUGCUUUUUAUCCUGACAACGGAAAGGACUUGUAUUUGUUUCUAGUCGCGUUAAAGCAACUGUUUUUGCGAGACGGUUUCUGUUCUAUUGAUCUCGAUUAUGUUAAUUUUGAAUAUUUCUUGGGCUGUUUUAGUAAAGGCGACCUAUGGUGGUUCGUUAGGUGCAAAAAAUAUGUAGUGAAACCAAAAGUGAGUUUGACACUAGUCAUUAACAAAAGUAGCACAUGGUGGAUUCGUGCAUCUCGAUUGCAUUGAUUGUGUUGAUGCUUCGAAUAAAAACUGUCGCUUUAUUAAAAAAAGAAAAAAAAGUCUGUUAGCUGGUUAGGACUCUACUUUGAGAUGAUAUCACUAAACCUCUUUGAGACAAAUACAUAAAUACACCUGGUUAAUUCUAAAUACAAGUGAACCAUUAUAUCAGGGUUUUCUUUAAUUCCAAAGUGUUUUCAAGGUUUUAAAGUUAUACCAAAAAAUCGUGACAAAGCUCCUUUUGGUAAUAAAUAGUUUGCCUUCUUUCGGCUUGACACUGUGAGAGGCCUAGAAAAGGUAUCUCGACAGCUCUAAUGACAGUCAUUUUAAUUUUAAAAGACAAUCUUAAUGGGACCAAUGCAGGGGAUAGGGGGUAGUAACCCCUCAUCCACCAUCUCGCUUGUAGUUUCUCAGUUGUUCUGCCUUCUGUCUUACCACAGACAACCUACCAGACACACAGUGACCGGUGAGUUUUCUUGGUAUAGACAAAGGCAAAUAAUUUUGUAGAAAGCUGUUUUGAAAAUGAUGCAAAUAAACGCCAUUGCGUGCAAUUAGCUACUCUGUAUAAUUUUUUUUCAUGAUACUCGUUGUGUUUAAGUGAACUAAUCAAAAGAAACAAACAAACAAGAAAUAUAAGUAAAGAAACAAUAAUUGUAAUAACAACAAAUAACAAGUUAGUAAAGAGUGAUUUCAUCAUUUCCAUCCUCACUCAGCAUGUCUCUGUCAUGAAACAUUCCGUGUUCUAAUCACACCUCAUUUAUGACCUAUCACUUAACCUGGUGACGCUUCGUUUGACUCCAGACCACUCAACUCUCCGAGUCUCAGUCGACACAAGCGAGUACUCUGCAUGAAAAAGCAAAGAAUCUGGUAUUCCAGUGAAAGAUUUGGUCAAGUAAGUUUAGUAGUUUCCUAUGAGAACCGCUCGAGACUGAAGGAUUAUGAUGAAAGAUUGAUAAGCCAAGUGUGUCCUCUGCAUUAGCACUUUAGGCGACGCUUGACCAUUUGCUGUUUCUCAUUGCUCUGGCCUUUUUUUUUGUCUCUCUUUUAUUGCACUAUACUUGAAAAACAAAACGAAGUUUUAGAAAGUCUGCCUUGCAUUUGUAACUGAAGUAGGUUUUGGUUCAGGAGGCCUUUUAACUCCUCGUUUUUAUCCCGGAAUUUCUGUGUGAUCACUGCCUGGACUAUUUGCCAGUAAUCUGUGUACUCGACUUGUGUUGUAAAUUACUUGUUCCAACCAUGUUACCUAUUGUCUCCUUUUUACAUUCUCAUACUACUGAAAGGUGCUUUCCUGCAGCCUAUUUCUCAGAAAUUGUCUUCAGCCUUUUUAUUCCAAUACUACGCAGAAGGCCUUUAUAUUGUGGUACCAUUUUUGUUUUUUUUCGAUGCAGACUGACACAUAAUAGACGCUGUUAUUCAGUUGCUUGUUUGUUUGUUAGUUGGUUCUUUCGUUUGUUCGUCCGUUCGUUUUUUGUUGUUAUUGUUUUUUUUCCUUGAUGGUUAUCAAACCUGAGGUUUAAAGAGAGGUGGGUGUCCAGGGCAACUUGUAAACUAGUAAAGUGCAGUUCAUUCAUUGUUUCAAGUGCCAUUCUAAAAAGUACUUCUUGUGGUGUAUGAUGUCAGCAAGCUGCGAUCAAGUGGUUUUAAAUGACCAGUUAUUCCAUUUACUUUUUCAACGGUUAAUAGGAUAAGGAUUUUCCUAAAUUCUCUCGCUUUUUUCGACGUUUUCAUGUCGGAGGAGGAGGAACGAUUGACUCUGGCUAUUGAUGUGAUCGCUAAAGUCGAAGCUGUUCAUAACAAAUCUCCGGCCCCCUUGGAGGCCUUUGUUUAAUUCUUUUUAUUGUUCAACUUUAAUUCUUUUUUAUCAUUUUCCAUUAAAAAUAAUAAUAAUGAUAAAUACGGAGAUAAUGAAACGUCUUUAACAUUCUAAGACAAUAUAAGCAGAAUUUUAAAAAAAACAAUUAAAUUUGAUUAAAAAAAGAUAGAAAGAAAAGAAGAAGAAGAGAAAAGGAAAAAAAGUGUAUAUAGUAAUCUUAAUAACUUGAUUCCCUGCAAAUUGUUGUUUGGAGUGAAUAAGGUUAUCAGCACUUGGGAUCAAAUAUCGAUGACAUUGUCGUCAGACUGGUCUAGAAACUAACGCAUAUCUAAUGGGGUGGACGGUAAAAGCAAGUGGGCAUUACCUGUCUCUACAGGAAAAAUAGUCUCCACUACAGUCUGUUAAAAAAAUUAAAAUCACGUGUGCGUGUCACACAUUUCAGUAUCCUUUCUAGCUAAUUCUCUGAUACGGGUAUUUUGAAGAAUCGAACGUCAAACUUUUUUUUGUAUUGUUUUAUUUCAUUCGUUUUUCACUCAGAAGUUACACCUUUGCGGUAAAAUAGUUUGGUAUAUAUUUUGCGUUCGACUUAGUUCCUUGGCGCCUGAAAUAUUUGGAAUCUUAAAUGUCAUUCAGUGUACUAAAUCAGUUACUUAGAAGUCUUUUAACAAGACCCCCACAAAGUUAACAUAGUUAUUUUUGAAAGAGUUUUCGUCACCCCUGCUGAUAUCAUUUGCCCUAGCCACUUAAGCCCUCAAGUGUAGAGGUUUUUCUGUUUACCGCAAAAUUGGGAACAUGCCAAGUUGCAGAAUUUUUGGUGAUUAUUCGUCGGCUUAUUGAAAUGCACGUUGCUUUUUUCGCCUCCUUUGCCUGGUGCUAUUUUCGAAGUUUGCCCGUGUGCUUUCCUUUGCUUCCCUUAUUUUUUCUUGACUUCUUUUUUUUGCUUUUUUAAAUCAGUAAAGUGUAUAAUAUAGGUAGCAUUGCAGAGACGUCCUUUUUGUAGAGGAAGGAGUUAUUUGGUAUCUUUUGCAGCAAAGAGAACUGUGCAUCAUAGAAAAGUGUCGUCGUUGUAGAAGUGUUCGCAAGGAGAAGUUCAACUGUAGUUCUUUUGUCUUUCCCAUAGUUUAUUUCAAAUUCUCAGGUACAGAACUUUGAAAAAGCGACAAGACGAGUUUCGCCGAAUCUUCGUCCUUUGUCAUGACUAAAGGUAGCUGUACGUUCCGAAAGAAUUUUGCUUUGAAGCCCGAGAAUGUAAGUCGAAUGAAAGAUAAGUAACCAUUGUGGAUCAAACACGUUUAGAACUAGGAAAGGAUUGUCUCGUCAGUAAACCAGGUCAUUUGAGACUGAGAUUUUUUCCCUGGACGGCGUGAAAUGGAAUGUGGUGUGGUUAACCCUUCAAGCCCCAACAUCAACAUGCAUCUUCUCCACACUGUUCGAACAUACAUUCCUUAUGAUACUGCUUGAGAGAAUAUGUUCUAAUAUCACGACAUUUCAUCUUUGGUGAUCAUUUUUUUUUUCAUUCUCAUGACCUGUAUGUUUGAUCAGGCAGUGUUAUUGUUUGAAGAAAUUGGGUGUGGGUCACUAUUGGGGCUUAAAGGGUUCAGGGAGAGUCUUUUUGAUAGCUUGAUUGUCGUGGCCCUUUCUUUUUCCAUGAAGCGAAGUGUCCACCGGUCAAGAUUGUUGCUUCACGCUGUUUUCUCCUCACUGCACCAUGGUGUCCAAUUUUAGAACCUGGGGUACUGCAAUUAAAGUGCCCCACACGCACGGAAAAUCGUAAAGAGUAAUGUGUGCGAGUCUUUUCAAAAGCGAAGCUUAUGUCUCCUCUUAUCGAAAUUUGGCUCUGUAGUGCUGUCGCAUCCACAGUAUCUACACUGAUAUAGAUUCCGUGACAAAGUGUUUACUGUACACCUUUACUGUCGGUUUUCCCUGAAAGGCGCCUUACAUCCUUAUAUUACUGCCUCGCUUCCUGUGAAUGAUCGAAAGACAUCCCCAAGAACCAGUUGGGAAAAUGCCUUGUGCGUGGUCAACGGCAACCAUGUCAGCAUCCACAAUUUUCUAACAUAAAUAUUUAACCUCACUGAACGUUAGCCUUGUGUGAGCCUUCCCUUCCCUUAGUCAGUCGAGACAGGAAAUGAAAGUAAUUAUUAUAGGCAAAUACUUUUCUCACCUCGUUAGUCAUUUUGUCUGAGAAACAUCUGUUUUGCGGCGUAAAUAAAACGUGCUCUAUUGCAAUUCUUACAGAACUAACAUCGUGGACCCAGUAGCAGCUGGGCGUAUAUAGGUACUAACUCAACAGAUUCACCUACUGAGUUGCACAUAAAGUACUGGUGGCACUGAAUUCCAGCCAACUAAAAGGCGACGUAUAGUUGUAAAAUUUAUUUUUUUUUCUUGAAAAAAAAAAAAAAUAAUGCUUUAUUAAAAUCGUAUAAAAACUACAUACAAAACUUCAGUGAUAUAUUCAUAAAAAAAAAGUAAUAAGAAAAAUAAAAACGUCCAUAUCAAUACCAAUUUUUGGCAAAGCCCCUUCACAAUUCAAAAUUCAAGAAAUCACAAAGAGUUAUAAAAAAUCAAGUCAAAAGUCCCAGUGGAUGGCAUAAAUGUCAAUGCGCUGAUUUUAAUAACACAGAUAAGGUUCUGAUCCAUAAGGCGAGAUAUAAAUCUAUUACAGGUAAUUUUCCGCACCAAUUUCCCGAUAAAAAGACCUAACUAUAAUAAUACAAAAAUAAUACAAGAUUUUCAGAACCAGAAAUUGAACUUCAGUGCAGUUUCGUGUGAAUUGUCGUGUUUUUCAAAGGUUUGGUAGUUUUGGCAGCUGACUGUCUGGUUUGUUUCAUUUCUGGUUUUCUUUUCCUUAUAUACUUUGUUAUAUUUCAGGUGA